GCUUCGGGCUGCGGCUGGUUGGCGGCCGGGCUGGGCGCCGCGGGCCGGCGCAAGAGGACCAGCGUGUGGAGCCGGGCCGGAGCCCGCGACUUGGCGACUCAGCGGCGGCGCUGCAGCUGCGGGGCUCGGGCGCGCGGCCCGCAGGAACGAGGACGGCGGGGCAGCCCGGCGCGGGCGCCGCGGGUCGGGGCGCGGCAGACGAUGGACUUGGAUAUGCCUCUAUGAAGAAAUGCCACGUGUCUCUACUGGUCCGGGAACAAACAUGUUCGGACUGCUGCCACCUUAGGGGACCAGGGCUCGGUGACUGCGCUUCCCGGGGACUCAGGAGCCCGGGGUCUGACCCAGGAAUAGGAAGCACAUCAUCACCAAUGACAUCAUGACAGCAAGAGAGCACAGCCCUCGCCAUGGUGCCAGGGCCCGUGCGAUGCAGCGGGCUUCCACCAUCGACGUGGCGUCUGACAUGCUUGGCCUCUCGCUGGCAGGAAACCUGCAAGAUCCAGAUGAACCCAUUUUAGAAUUCAGCUUAGCUUGCAGUGAGCUGCACACUCCCUCGCUAGACCGGAAACCAAAUAGCUUUGUAGCAGUAAGUGUGACCACCCCUCCUCAGGCCUUCUGGACGAAGCACGCGCAGACGGAGAUCAUUGAGGGAACCAACAAUCCUAUAUUUUUAAGCAGUAUUGCCUUCUUCCAAGACUCCCUUAUCAAUCAAAUGACUCAAAUCAAACUCUCCGUGUAUGAUGUCAAAGACAGAUCUCAGGGAACAAUGUAUUUACUGGGCUCUGGGACAUUUGUUGUCAAGGAUCUGCUCCAGGACAGGCACCAUCGGCUGCAUUUAACACUCAGGUCUGCAGAGAGCGACCGCGUGGGUAACAUCACCGUGAUCGGCUGGCAGAUGGAGGAGAAGUCGGAUCAGCGGCCUCCUGUGACCCGGUCUCUGGACACCGUCAAUGGGAGGAUGGUCCUGCCCGUCGAUGAGAGCUUGACCGAGGCGUUGGGACUCCGGUCCAAACAUGCUUCAUUGCGGAAAGACACUUUACUGAAAUCGGUAUUUGGUGGCGCCAUCUGCCGCAUGUACCGGUUUCCCACCACCGACGGCAACCACCUGCGGAUCCUGGAGCAGAUGGCAGAGAGCGUGCUCUCCCUGCACGUGCCCCGGCAGUUCGUGAAGCUCCUUCUGGAGGAAGAUGCGGCCAGAGUGUGUGAGCUGGAGGAGUUGGGGGAGCUGUCCCCUUGCUGGGAGAGCCUCCGGCGCCAGAUCGUCACUCAGUACCAGACCAUCAUCCUCACGUACCAGGAGAACCUGACUGACCUCCAUCAGUACAAAGGUCCCUCAUUUAAAGCAAGCAGUUUGAAAGCAGAUAAAAAGUUGGAAUUUGUUCCCACAAACUUGCACAUACAGAGGAUGAGAGUUCAAGACGAUGGAGGAUCAGAUCAGAGCUACGACGUCGUCACCAUUGGGGCGCCUGCAGCACACUGCCAAGGGUUUAAGUCAGGAGGCCUCCGCAAAAAGCUGCACAAAUUUGAAGAGACUAAGAAACACAGUUUUGAGGAGUGUUGUACGUCGUCCAGCUGCCAGUCCAUAAUCUACAUACCACAGGACAUUGUCAGAGCCAAGGAGAUCAUCGCCCAGAUCAACACCCUGAAAACCCAAGUGAGUUACUACGCAGAGCGGCUCUCGAGGGCGGCCAAGGACAGGUCUGCCACUGGCCUCGAAAGAACACUCGCCAUCUUGGCAGACAAGACCCGGCAGCUGGUCACCGUCUGCGACUGCAAGUUGCUGGCCAAUUCCAUCCAUGGGCUGAAUGCUGCGCGGCCCGACUACAUCGCCUCCAAGGCUUCCCCCACCUCGACCGAGGAGGAGCAGGUCAUGCUCAGGAAUGACCAGGACACCCUCAUGGCCAGGUGGACGGGCAGGAACAGCCGGUCUUCUCUGCAGGUAGACUGGCACGAGGAGGAGUGGCUGACCCAAAUGAGCCUCUUGGUUUGGAAGGAGAAAGUGUGGCUGAACGUGGACAAGAGCCUGGAGUGCAUCAUCCAGCGGGUGGACAAGCUGCUGCAGAAGGAGCGGAUGCAUGGUGAGGGCUGUGAGGACGUCUUCCCCGGCGCGGGCAGCGGCACCAGCAAGAAAGGUAACCGGAAUAGCCACGCGUACUGGAUCACACCGGAGCACCCCUUCUGUGACGCCCCCGCCUCACCACGCCCCUCCACCACGCCCUCCGCUGCAUGCCAUCCUCACCUGACCACACAUUGCAGCCCCCCUCCUGAAGAGUCCAGCCCAGGUGAAUGGAGCGAGGCUCUUUAUCCCCUGCUUACCACGCUCACAGACUGCGUGGCCAUGAUGAGCGACAAGGCCAAGAAGGCGAUGGUCUUCCUGCUCAUGCAGGACAGUGCUCCCACCAUAGCCACCUACCUGAGCCUGCAGCACCGCCGGGACGUGGUCUUCUGCCAAACUCUGACUGCUCUCAUCUGUGGCUUCAUCAUCAAGCUGAGGACCUGCCUGCACGAUGACGGCUUCCUGCGGCAGCUCUAUACCAUUGGGCUGCUCGCCCAGUUUGAGAGCCUGCUGAGCACCUACGGUGAGGAGCUGGCCAUGCUGGAGGACAUGAGCCUUGGGAUCAUGGACUUGAGGAACGUGACCUUCAAGGUCACUCAGGCCACUUCCAGCGCAUCGGCUGACAUGCUGCCCGUCAUCACAGGAAAUCGGGAUGGGUUCAACGUGCGCAUCCCUCUGCCCGGCCCGCUGUUCGACGCGCUGCCGCGGGAGAUCCAGAGCGGGAUGCUGUUGCGGGUGCAGCCUGUUCUCUUCAACGUGGGCAUCAAUGAGCAGCAGACGCUGGCCGAGAGGUUUGGCGAUACGUCUUUACAAGAAGUUAUCAACGUGGAGAGUUUGGUGCGCUUGAAUUCCUACUUUGAGCAGUUUAAGGAAGUUUUGCCCGAGGACUGCUUGCCACGGUCCCGGAGCCAGACGUGCCUGCCCGAGCUGCUGCGGUUUCUGGCCCAGAACGUCCACGCCAGGAAGAACAAGAACGUGGACAUCCUCUGGCAAGCUGCUGAGAUCUGCCGCCGUCUCAAUGGGGUCCGGUUCACCAGCUGCAAGAGCGCCAAGGACCGCACGGCCAUGUCGGUGACGCUGGAGCAGUGCCUGAUCCUGCAGCACGAGCACGGCAUGGCCCCGCAAGUCUUCACCCAGGCCCUGGAGUGCAUGCGCAGCAUUGGAACACGGGAGGUAGUCACCCAGAAGAACUUGAGCGGCCUGGUACCCAUCCGAGACUUAAGGCUAGACCCCAGCCUCCUCUGUUCCAUCCCUUUAUUAGCGCUGAGCCCCAAUUUACUGAUUGUGUGGCUCUUUCUGAGCAUAGCAUACCUGGUGACCAAAUUGCGUUGCAAAUGAAUGUCAUUAUGAAAAAUUAAAUAAGUCACAAGAAAAACAAAAGUGCCAGAAUAUGUCCAGCCACCGCGCACCUAACUGGACAGAAGGAAUGUGUCAAAGCGAGGUCUGCCAAGAAAUAUUCCAUGCCUUACAGUUUGACGUUUUGUUGUUCUGAACUGUAAAUACCUGCCCAGUUAUUUCACCAAGAAGACUUGUUCGUUUACAUCCUACAGUUUUUAGUGCUUGUAACAUGUUCCUCCAGUGCCCUGUGACUGCAUUGUUUAGCUGGCCUGUACCGAAUCUCUUCCCUUCUGAUGUAAAGCUGUUUACUAAUUACCUGUCUCUCUCAUGUGCCCCGUUUCCCAGAGAAAGGAAUUCUGUCUGAAAAGAAUGUGCAUACUUGAUACUAUUCUUUACAUGUUCUGCAUACCCUUCCUUUCCUUUUGAAGAGCAAUGAAAAUGAUAGGCGCUUUAUAAGUGGGUCAUCUACAUAAGCCUAUUUGAUAGGACACGUACUUCUGCUUUCAUUUCAAAGCGUAGUUCCUUAACUUACGGUAGCAAACAGUUUGCAGCAUCAUAACAUUUCCUUGCCUAUGUUUAUCAUUUCCAAGUUGAGAUGACACAAAGCUGUGAAUACAGUAGCACAUUAUACCAAGUCAGGCACAUAAAAAUAACGCAUUGCAUGUGACUUUUGAGUUACUCUUUUACAUCCUUAAGGAUCAUUAAACUGAUUACAGGGAUUAAUGCAUUUAGUAACAAAAGGCUGUUCAAGUGAUAUACGUUUAUUUUUCUUGAAAUAGCAUUUUUUCAUUUUAAAAACUGCAUCUUUAAAUUCAGAUUAAAGUCCAGACAUCUUUUCUCUCUUAUGAAUCAAAUGUCUGUUAAUAAUGGGAAAAAAAAAAAAAAGUCAAAGAAAAGUGACCAAAAAAAAAAAAAAAUGAGGCCUACCUUUUGGGCAGUUGUGCCAAGGGGAGCUGUGAGAGAGAGUUGCUUUGGUUUUUGCUAUUAUCACUUAAUUUUAACAAGGCACUGUCUAUAAAAUGGGACAGUUUAUAACCUUGACAUUCACAUUUGACAGAAGGGUAGUUGUACACCUGUAAAGGUAACAAUAAGGGGGAAAUUCCUCAGACCUUGUAUCAGAAAUACUCAGUGCUUCUCUGUCUUCCAGUUUUGACCUCCAGCUGGUUCCCCAUACACUGUAUUUUAUGAAAGUGGAUUUUUUUUUUUUUAACCAGUCUAGAAAAAUUUAGGUGAAUUCAGAGAAGCUGCCUUUUCCGGGAACUUUACACCCACGUGUGCACAAAAACCCAGCCCACCACAGACUCUGGCCUCUCUUCCCUCUCCACGACUUCCAGAACUUACUCUGGGAUUUGUCUGUUCGGUAUGAGAUCUGGGUCUGGGUUCCAGGAAUCACAGAAGCAGUUAGCAGUGAGUGACAAAUGCUAGGCUCAGGCUGUAAAUUCUAAAGUGGAAGACUGUCCUUCUCACGCGAUCGGAGUAUGGCAGGGGCCCUGGGGCAGGUGUCACACCUAUGGCUGAGUCCAGUCUUCUCACAAGUGCAAUGUGGUCACUGUCUUUUCUAGAAUGAGUGAGGUGGCUGUUGUGUGACACAGCAGCUGACAUCCUUCAGUAGGCUCUCCGAGUGCCAGUGACAGGCAGUGGAGAGGUGUAGAACAUGACCCUGGGUGCUAGAUGAGGCCCUGUCCAGAUUCUUUGAGGAGUGUGUUUACCACUAGCCCUCCUUCAAACUAAGGCACAAACAUCAGCCCUGUAAGACCCUUUCGUUUACUUUAUAUAAAGGAUGGAAAAGACCACAGAUGCGCUUAGUCCCCGCCCACAGCUCCCCAAUCACUGCAAUGGGUAAAGCGCUCCUAAGGCCCUGUGGUGGUGACACGUGCUUGUGCCCACCUCCAGGCGGGCAGAGGCCAUGCACAGGUGAGGGGUCCCUUCUGACUGCAGACAGCAUGCCCUCUUCUUCCUGGGGCCCGUGGGUGCAUCUGUGACACUGUCCAGAAACUCCCUGAGGGCCCAUCACCCAGCAAAGGGAGGCCAUGCCCCCUGGAGGAGCCCCUCCAGGGGGCCUGAUGGACACCAGAGGCUGCCCCCCAGCUGUCAUGCUGCCCACCAGGCCUUCCUGCCUCGUGUAGGUUUGGCUGCUCGGUUGACGGGAAAUGGAUGGGAGGGAGGGAGGGUAGGUGUUUUGGUUUUCUCUUCAGGGACCAGGUCAAAAGGCAACGCAUUGUAACUUUACAGGGUCAGCACAAGGAAAGACUCCAUCAGCCUAGGCUGUGGGUUGUUGGUGUGUUUUUUUGUAGAAUAUCUGAGAAAAGAGACUCUGUAUGCAUACCCUCUGUGCUAAGCUUUAAUGUCACUAAGGCCUUUUACCCGUUAAAUCAGGCUAAAUGUGUAUGUAGAAUCUUUUCUGCUUUAGUGAGAAAUAGGCAGGAUGAAACAAAGAGGAGAAGAUGACUCAGGAAAGGGGAAUUGCUGAGAUUUGGUGAUGGUUUUCAAGCUGCUUCUCGGUUGGUGUGAGCACUGAGACCUGGUCGCAGGCAGCCACUCUGUACUCUCAGGGUCACUAAGCACCGAUGUUCAGAUGGGUUCUAAAGUGGGCGAUCCCCACAUGAAAGGGAAAACCAGAGGCGUCCCUAAAAUGAGUUGUCAUUCGGGUUUUCAUUCUGAUUUUUUCAUUUAAAAAAUGGAUGUCCUCAAAAAGAAAUAAUUUAUGGUAUAAUGUAUUCAGCCAGUUAAAGCAGUAAUUAGCUUCUUCAACACGUAAAUAAAAGAUAAUGUUUAUGUUCACACAUUAUUCUUUGCUCCUCAAAGCAGUUUGGCAUUUGCUCGUGAUUGAUGGUUUCUGAGAAGUACACACACUUCUGUGUAAAUAGAGAAGCCAUAUCUGACAGAGUCCGAUAAUGUGAGAGUUUGCAAAGAUUAAAUGAGAUGAACUGUGCAUAGAACUAGAGCUUCUGCUUUAAGUGGAAAUAUAUUUUUAUUUGAUUACUGGAUGUGAGCAAACACUAGGGCUCCUUGCACGUGAGGCCUAGUGUUCCGCUCAGAUGACCCGCGUCUUGCUGAAGCCUGAGGCCUGAUUACAGGGAAGCACAUUGGAGUCACUAAAUUACUUAAUAACAAGCAGGUGGAUACGUUUCUGAGCUACCUGAGCUUACCUUUUAAAUAAAAUUGCUGUCUUACCAAAAAUAUUUUACAUGUUCUUGAAAAUGAGACUGUCAUUUUCACUUUAAAAGACUCGAGCACUUGCCACUGAUACAUUUUUUAAAAUGCAUGACAUAAUGGUGUUCAUAUGAUUGGAAAUAUUUUUUUUAAAUCACUGUUUCUUGGUAACGGAAAAUUUUACAUCUCAGAAGGGGUAUUUUGUACUGAAUUUGAUAACUAGUUGAUGUAAUUGCAAGUCUCAGAAUAUUAUAAAAAUAUAAAGUUAGACUAUGCUAUAGGAAGUCAUUUAUAUUCAGAAUCGCUUUUGCCUAUUAAUUUGUGGUCUACAAUGGAACCCUUCCCAGAGAACUCCCCUGAUGCUUCGUUGGGGAACGGGAGGCCUGCCUCACCCCUCAUCCUCCUGCUCCAUGUUUGGUUUGCCCACUGGGUUGCCAUGACAACCCCCCAUCAAAUGUAGCUGGAGCCGAUUGCCAGCAGCAGGCUGUCUAGGGAAGGGCACUGGUGGGCUCAGUGGCACUCUUCUGAGAGGCGACCACAAUAAGGGCAGCCCGCCUGGAAAAAGCAUCUGGCUGCCACCAGGACACUUCAGUGGGGGUCACUCCUUCACGACGCUCCAGCCCUGAUACUCGUGCAGACCCACGGUGCAGCCGUCGCCUGGGCCCUGGAUUGCUUUGUACCUGCCCAGGAGACAGCAUGUUAGAGCUGCCUUCUCAGCCAGAUGGCUUUGCCCCAUAUUGAAUUCUGCAAGGAAAAUCAGCAUUUUGAAUUUGAGGUGAUUCUAUGUUGCUAACAUAGAAAAACACAGCUCUCUUAAGGCUUGGGUAAGAGUCCACUAUUUAUUUUCCCAUUUAAUUCGCCGUGUAUCAGAAGCUCUGAACCACUAGUUAUGCCAGACUCUCAGACAACUACACGUGAAAUACAUGAAACCAUUAACUUAAAUAAAAAGUUUGCUUCCACUUAGAUACAGUGCUGCUUUUGGAAACGCAGGACUCGCAGUCCCAUUGCGCAUGUGUCCAUCUCUGUGCUUCUUAACAGCCUUGUUCAGAAACCCACCAUCCUAUGUGUGUAUUGUUGUAAAUAGUCCGGCACCCAUUUAAAUGAAUCAAGCUUUUUUUUUUUUUUUUUAAUGCUAUGAGAAUAAUCAGUUCAUUUCAUCUUAGUUUAAGUCUUUUCUUUUUUCCUUUUUUACUGCUGUCACUUCUUGUGCUUGUUUUUUCCCCAGUGAGGGUUGUCGAAGAGAAAAUACAAUGAAGAAUGUUGGAAGUCGCAAAUAUGCGUUUAAUUCCCUGCAGCUGAAGGCUUUCCCCAGGCAUUACAGGCCUCCCGAAGGGACUUACGGCAAGGUCGAAACGUGAACACACGGUGUCCUCUAAUUAGCUGUCACAUAACAAUGUGGGUACCCUCUAGUGUCAUAUAGGAAUUCUUCAAGAAGAUCUGAAGGAUUGGAUUUUAUUUUUGUGUUUUUAAAAACUCUUCCACUAAAGAGCCUAUGAAGCAUGCCCUCGCACCUCCCCCUGCUCCCCCCGACCCCCACCCCCACCUUGGAAUCAGUAGCAGGUGACAUUUGGCUCGAUAGUGUGAAUAGUAAUGACAGUCCAUUUAAACAC